AUGGCAACUUUUUGGAAAACCGUUUCUUGUGGCUUGUCAAUUAUGUCAGUUUUUCUCCUCGGAAAUUUGCAUUCGAUUGUAUGCUCUGGCAAUAUGAACAAACUAUGUCCAGAUAGUUGGAUGUAUUGGGGAGGUUCCUGUUAUGUUAUAUUGCCUGGAUACAUGACAUGGUUUGACGCAGACGAAGCUUGCAAGAACAACGGGGCGUUGAUCGUUGUACCAGAAUCUCCAGAGGAGAACUCCUUCUUGCGGGGGUUAGGGAUCAAUGGCAUCUGGCUGGGCUGUUCUGAUACUGAAAAGGAGGGGCAAUGGGUGUGUCUGGAAGAGUGUGGCUUCAUGGACUGGGCAGGGCAAGGGCCAGAUAACUGGGAAGGCAUCCAGGACUGUGCAGCUAUGGUGGGCAGGUUUCAGUGGGAUGACCGUGCUUGCACUGAAUCUUACAGCGUGGUCUGCAAGAAGCCUGCCGAUGAGACCAAGUCCGAGCCACAGUGCGCUGAUCACACCUACUGCUUUGUGAUGGGUGAAGACGGACGUCCGAUAACUGACCACUGCUUGUCUGGCUACACCCUCAAGGAGAUGAAGAUCGCCACUGCCGGUCAGUGCGGUCAAGCGUGCAUCCAGGAGCCUUGCUGCCGUUCCUUCAACGUACGUCACAACGCGACAUUGCACCAGAAGGCGUGCCAGCUCAACUACGCUACCCGGGCACAGGUAAAUAGCGACAGAUUCAUCCUGACCGAAAACUGCAUGUACUUUGAAACACCCUGUUAAGCAAUGGUCCAGACAAUUUUGAGAUACCCAAGGAGAAAAAGGGGUUGCUUUUGGACACAGAAAGAUCUAUCUGCUCGACCUAUGGCUGGCAGUAACAUACAUUUCUGUGAUAAUUGGAUUGAGGUACAUGUACAUGUGUAAGUUGCCAGUGUUGUGGGAAAUUUGGACUCCACGAAAUACACUAAUAGGACAGGGCUUGAGACCACACAAUGUAUAAAGUAAAAGAGACAAGAUUUCAUAGGAGUCCAAAUUUCAUAUGACACAGGCUGCACCAAGUAAUUUAGUUUGCACCUAAUUUUCUCUGUAGUGAUGGCUAGCUUUUUCCUUGAGAUCAAUAUAUCAAAUAUAAUAGUAGAAGUAAAUUACAUGUACUUUCACCUAAAUAGAGAUGAAGAGUUUAUUUCCAAAAAGCAAUAUAUCCCUUUAAACAAGGUGAAAAAUGUUCACUGUUGGGAAAGAAUAUACAGGGU